AGCGGCGUUUUCUGCCUUCGUAGUGUCCGCGCGAGUUUCCGACGUUGGGAGUUUGUGCCCUGGCCUGAGGCCCCUUUGUCAAGAUGUACGAUGCGGAUGAAGAUAUGCAAUAUGAUGAGGAUGAUGAUGAAAUCACUCCAGAUUUGUGGCAAGAAGCAUGCUGGAUUGUCAUCAGCUCCUAUUUUGAUGAAAAAGGCCUGGUCCGACAGCAGCUGGAUUCUUUUGAUGAGUUCAUUCAGAUGUCUGUGCAGAGAAUUGUCGAAGAUGCUCCACCAAUUGAUCUACAAGCAGAAGCUCAACAUGCUACAGGAGAAGUGGAAGAGCCGCCACGCUAUCUUUUGAAAUUUGAACAAAUUUAUCUGUCCAAGCCUACACAUUGGGAAAGAGAUGGUGCCCCUUCACCUAUGAUGCCAAAUGAAGCCAGGCUGAGAAACCUUACGUAUUCUGCUCCAUUGUAUGUGGACAUAACUAAGACAGUUAUUAAAGAAGGAGAAGACCAGUUGCAGACACAGCAUCAAAAAACAUUCAUAGGAAAAAUUCCUAUCAUGCUGCGAUCCACAUAUUGCCUACUAAAUGGCUUAACUGACCGUGAUCUUUGUGAAUUGAACGAAUGCCCCCUAGACCCCGGUGGCUAUUUCAUUAUUAAUGGAUCAGAAAAGGUUCUGAUUGCGCAAGAGAAGAUGGCUACAAACACUGUGUAUGUGUUUGCAAAGAAGGAUUCUAAAUAUGCAUACACAGGAGAGUGCCGUUCUUGCCUCGAGAAUUCUUCUCGGCCAACAAGUACUAUAUGGGUUAGCAUGCUGGCCAGAGGUGGGCAGGGUGCAAAGAAGAGUGCCAUAGGUCAACGCAUUGUGGCAACGUUGCCAUAUAUCAAGCAAGAGGUGCCCAUCAUUAUUGUCUUUCGUGCAUUAGGAUUUGUCUCUGACAGAGACAUACUGGAGCAUAUAAUUUAUGACUUUGAAGACCCUGAGAUGAUGGAAAUGGUUAAACCUUCUUUGGAUGAAGCAUUCGUCAUCCAGGAACAGAAUGUUGCAUUGAACUUCAUUGGCUCAAGAGGUGCAAAGCCUGGGGUCACGAAAGAGAAAAGAAUAAAGUAUGCGAAAGAAGUUUUGCAGAAAGAGAUGCUUCCACACGUUGGUGUCAGCGACUUCUGUGAAACCAAAAAGGCUUAUUUUCUUGGGUACAUGGUUCAUAGGUUAUUGCUGGCAGCCUUGGGGAGAAGAGAGUUGGAUGACAGAGAUCACUAUGGCAACAAACGGCUUGACCUUGCAGGACCAUUACUUGCUUUCCUGUUCAGAGGAAUGUUUAAGAACUUGCUGAAAGAAGUUAGAAUAUACGCACAGAAGUUUAUUGACAGAGGGAAAGAUUUUAACUUGGAGUUGGCCAUCAAAACUCGGAUUAUAUCAGAUGGUUUGAAAUACUCAUUAGCUACAGGGAACUGGGGAGACCAGAAGAAAGCUCACCAGGCCAGAGCUGGAGUAUCACAAGUAUUGAACCGUCUCACUUUUGCAUCUACGCUUUCGCACUUGCGUCGCCUGAAUUCUCCUAUUGGUAGAGAUGGUAAAUUAGCAAAGCCCAGGCAGCUGCACAACACCUUGUGGGGAAUGGUCUGCCCUGCGGAAACUCCAGAGGGUCAUGCCGUAGGGCUUGUGAAGAAUCUAGCUCUAAUGGCCUACAUCUCUGUGGGGUCUCAGCCAUCCCCAAUUCUGGAAUUUUUAGAAGAAUGGAGUAUGGAAAACCUGGAAGAAAUCUCUCCAGCAGCAAUCGCAGAUGCCACAAAGAUCUUUGUGAAUGGCUGCUGGGUUGGAAUACACAAAGACCCGGAACAGCUUAUGAACACACUGAGGAAAUUGCGGCGUCAGAUGGACAUCAUUGUAUCAGAGGUGUCCAUGAUCAGGGAUAUCAGGGAGCGAGAAAUCCGCAUUUAUACUGAUGCCGGCAGGAUUUGUCGCCCACUUCUAAUUGUGGAAAAACAAAAGUUGCUGCUCAAGAAGAGGCAUAUUGACCAACUGAAAGAGCGUGAAUAUAACAACUACAGCUGGCAGGAUCUGGUAGCCAGUGGUGUAGUAGAAUAUAUUGACACCCUAGAAGAGGAGACUGUUAUGCUUGCUAUGACUCCGGAUGACUUGCAGGAGAAAGGUGUUGCAUACUGUUCAACUUACACGCACUGUGAGAUUCACCCAUCUAUGAUCCUCGGAGUCUGCGCGUCUAUUAUCCCAUUUCCAGAUCACAACCAGUCUCCUAGGAACACGUAUCAGUCUGCUAUGGGCAAACAGGCUAUGGGAGUCUACAUCACCAAUUUCCAUGUUCGUAUGGACACACUGGCCCAUGUGCUAUAUUAUCCUCAGAAACCCCUUGUGACGACGCGCUCCAUGGAAUACCUGAGAUUCAGAGAAUUGCCAGCAGGCAUCAACUCUAUUGUGGCCAUAGCUUCAUAUACUGGAUAUAAUCAAGAGGACUCUGUAAUUAUGAACCGUUCUGCUGUUGAUAGAGGCUUUUUCAGAUCUGUGUUCUAUCGUUCUUACAAAGAGCAGGAGUCCAAGAAAGGAAUCCAAGAAGAAGUGUUUGAGAAGCCUACUCGUGAAACCUGUCAGGGGAUGAGGCAUGCCAUCUAUGACAAGCUGGACGAUGAUGGCUUGAUUGCACCUGGUGUGCGGGUCUCUGGGGACGAUGUCAUAAUUGGCAAGACUGUAACUUUGCCAGAGAAUGAAGAUGAACUGGAGAGCACCAAUCGCCGUUACACCAAGAGAGAUUGCAGCACUUUCUUGCGGACUAGUGAAACUGGCAUUGUUGACCAGGUCAUGGUUACCUUGAACCAGGAAGGAUACAAGUUUUGCAAAAUUAGGGUACGGUCCGUAAGAAUCCCACAAAUUGGAGAUAAAUUUGCCAGCAGACAUGGUCAGAAAGGUACCUGUGGUAUCCAGUAUAGACAAGAGGACAUGCCUUUCACCUGUGAAGGCAUCACCCCUGAUAUCAUCAUCAAUCCCCAUGCCAUCCCUUCACGGAUGACUAUUGGUCACUUGAUUGAAUGUCUGCAAGGGAAGGUAUCUGCAAAUAAGGGAGAAAUAGGCGAUGCCACACCUUUCAACGAUGCAGUCAAUGUGCAGAAGAUUUCGAAUUUACUGUCUGACUAUGGCUACCAUCUGAGAGGAAACGAGGUUUUGUACAACGGCUUCACUGGUCGCAAAAUCACAUCGCAGAUUUUUAUCGGCCCUACGUAUUACCAGCGGUUAAAACACAUGGUAGAUGACAAAAUCCAUUCCCGUGCCCGAGGGCCAAUCCAGAUCCUUAAUAGACAACCCAUGGAAGGCCGAUCUCGUGAUGGUGGCCUUCGUUUUGGAGAAAUGGAACGAGACUGUCAGAUUGCUCAUGGAGCAGCACAGUUCUUGCGGGAAAGAUUGUUUGAAGCAUCGGACCCGUAUCAGGUUCAUGUGUGCAACCUGUGCGGCUUAAUGGCAAUAGCAAACACCAGGACGCACACCUAUGAGUGCAGGGGCUGCCGUAAUAAAACACAGAUUUCUCUGGUGAGAAUGCCAUACGCCUGCAAACUCCUCUUCCAGGAACUGAUGUCAAUGAGUAUCGCACCUCGAAUGAUGAGUGUCUAGCCUUCAAAAGGUUCCCUUUCUCUUAGCUGCCAUCUGGUUUUUUAUCUUGCAUUUUUUUUAGUUGCAUGCUCCUCUUUAAAUGUUUUUAAAUCCCAUCUAUUUGUAUUUCAUGGCUGAGGCUUUCAAAUUCCUUGAUGUGUGAGCUUUUCUGUUUUUGUAAAUAGAAAUAAAAGCUUUUCAGUCAUGUA